AUGAUACUACAAGUCAUCAUCGCGCAGGGAAAUUUCCCGAGUCUUUCAGAUACCGAGGUGGUUGAUCUGUUUAGAUCAGCCUUUCGGUCAGAACUCGAGCGUUUGAGAAACGCGGAGUCAACAGUGGAAUCAGGGACUGCGAAGCCUGCUGGGAGUCUCAAGAAUGCAGAAACGCCGUCGCGACGGCUUUUCCAGACAGACUACGCAGAGGUAAAUCGGACACUUGGUGAGAAGGUGCCGGCGAGUCUAUCGAUUCUCCGCAAGAUCCAUGAUAAUGGGAGUGGGUUUCACAUGAGAGCUAUGGUGACAAUACUGGAUGUUGCAGGCGCUGCUGCCCACAGCAAUGCCCGAGGAUACCCAGUGGUGACGGAAAGUGUUUACCAAGGAUACAUGUCAGCAAUCGAGACACUGAAGAAAUUUUCCCUAGGGGAGAUACCAAGCGAGCGUGCAUGUUACGAUCAAGUCCUUUCAAAGCAGGUCAGGGAUCUGCAUAUGAAGGGAUACAACCUUUUAUCAACAAACAAUGUGGAGGAACGGGCGCUCCUUCGAAUUCUCUGCAUGGGCCGUGUGGACAACAAACAAUCAGCAGAUCUUUUCAAUAAAGCUUUUACAAAACUAUCGACAACUGAGAAGCGUAGUUUAGUCAAUGGAUUAAACAUGGACGGCCUAGAUGAUGGCAUUGCGAUUUUGCCGUAUUAUGCGCCUGGGUUGAUAGCCGAAGUCCUUCGGGGAGCUCAAAGGAAAGAAGAAUCCGCUAUCAUUGAAGCAUUGUCAAUUUUCAUGGGGUUUAUGGCAGGAGUUGUGGAAUAUAAGUCGGAGACAGGUGACCCUAGGGUUAUUGAAAGAGACCUGUCGUUUGUCCAGGAUGUCAUAAAGAGCAACAACUUCAAAAAUGACCCAUAUGUCCUCAACAAGGUCCAGCUCCCAUAG